CUGCUUGCUGCUUGCGUCUCAAAUCUGGCGUCACCGACAAAACGGCCGAGCGGACGGCGACAGUGGGGAUUCGUCCGCCGUGCGUGAAAUGUCAAAAUGGCGUCAUCUCAGGACGCUUGGUAUCUGUCGUUGCUAGGUUUGGCCGAGAAUUUUCGCACGUCGAAUCCGCCGAACAUCAAAUCGUGCAUCCAGUGUCUGCAGGCGGUUUUCCACUUCAAGCCGCCGCCGCGCGUCGAGGCGCGCACUCAUCUUCAGCUCGGCAACAUCCUUCUCACGCACACGAAAAACAUCGAUUUGGCGCGAUCCCAUUUAGAACAAGCGUGGCGGCUGAGUCAGAAUAUAAAUACGUUCGACGAUGUGAAGUUUGAAGCAGCUAGCGUGGUCGCAGAACUGUACGAGCAACAGCAACAGCCAAAUCUGAGUAAACCCAUAUUGAGGAAGGCGAUAGAACUGUCUCAGCACAAUGUUUACUGGCAUUGCAGGCUUAUCUUUCAACUCGCACAAAUACACGCCUCAGAGAAGGACUUUGUUGCAGCGAGUAGUCUGCUUGCAGUGGGUGUUGAUUAUUCCCACAUAAGCAAUGCCAGUUACACUAGAGUUCUCUUUCUUUUGAGUCGAUGUAUGCUUUUAUUAAUAGAUAAAAAAUUCUCAGAAGUUCUUCCUCUUCUAAAUUCAGCAGGCCAUCAUGUAGAGAAUUGGCAGGGUAGUCCACAUCAAAAAGAAUACUUGAAAGUAUACUUUUUAGUUCUUCAAGUCUGUCAUUACCUUAUGGCAGGACAGGUAAAAAGUGUGAAACCUUGUUUGAAGCAAUUGCAACAAAGUAUACAGACCAUAAUGUCUCCCAGUUGGCCUUCUGACGAUGUAGUCACUGGUUCCAAUAUAGGAGACAUGUUUAUAUGGAUGCCAAAGGAUCAUCUAUAUGUCUGUUAUUUAGUGACCGUCAUGCAUUCGAUGCAAGCUGGAUAUAUGGAUAAAGCACAAAAAUAUACCGAUAAAGCGCUUACUCAAAUUGAAAAAUUGAAAAUUGUCGAUAAUAAGCCCAUUUUGUCUGUGUUUCAAUUAAUGCUUUUGGAGCAUAUAGUAAUGUGUCGGCUUGUAAUGGGAAAUAAAAGCGUAGCGCUUGCGGAAAUUUCACAAGCUUGCCAGCUCUGCAGGCGACAGCCUAGGUUACUUCAAGGCCAUCGACCUCAAUUACACGCAUUAAUAGGUUUAUAUGCAAUGUCUAUGAAUUGUAUGGACGCCGCAGAGGCUCAGUUCACCGCUGCACUCAGAACGUCACAAGAGAGGGAUCUUUGGACAUUCGCAAAUUUAAAUCUAGCGAUAGUAUACCUCAGAACGAAGAGGGACGCCGAACUGGGGGCUUUAUUGGAAAGAAUAAAUCCAGAAUCUUUACCCUCACAUUCUCAUUCUUUGAGGGCAGCUGCGUAUUACGUACAAGGACUCCAAGCCUUUUUCGGUGCUAGAUAUAACGAGGCGAAGCGAUAUCUUAGGGAAACAUUAAAAAUGGCAAAUUCGGAAGACUUGAACAGACUGACUUCGUGUAGUCUUGUACUCUUGGGACAUAUAUUUCUCUCGUUGGGAAAUAGUAGAGAAUCGAUGAAUAUGGUUACACCUGCGAUGCAGUUAGCUUCUAAAAUACCUGAUGUGCAUGUACAAUUGUGGGCUACUGCUAUUCUUAAAGAUUUAUAUAGACUUUGCGGUGAUCCUACUCACGAGAGCGAGGCGUAUCAAAUGCACUGUACAUUCUCCCAAACCCUUUUGAAGGACCAUUUUCAGAGUACUCAAAUGAACGAACACUCGCUCAUUAAUUGGACAGACGGCCCGGUGCCCGCGUUGCCGACUAAUCCACCGCCGUCUACGUCGCAAGCAAUUCUCUAAUGACAUAAGAAGAUAUUUAGGUGUGUCCAUUUACUUAAACUGUUCAGAAUGCUUGCUGAAGCCGUACACAUUUGUACCACUUAUUCAUUGGGUUGUAAAAUGAAAUUCGCUUCAGCAUCACUCAGUCUCAGAUGUUAAGAGAAUUAUAAUGUGUAAAAUCGGGUUUACUUGUGAACGAAAUUGGGAGAUAUUUGAUAUAACAUCUAGACUCUUUUUUAAUGCGUUAGAUCUUUGCGAGAGAUUAUAUGGCAACUAGUUAUAGCUGUUCCAUUGCAGAGCUUCAUAGUGAUUUACUAUAUUAUUUGUAUCAUCGAAAUUACUCGGCAGGGACUGAUUGUACAUUUAGAUCAUUGAUAUAUCACUUUCUUUACUUCAAUUUAUGCGUUACAUUAAUUUAUGCAUUGAAUUCUUUUCCGUUCUAUACAUUCGAUGGAAUUGUAAGAGGAUAUAAAUAUUAACUGUGUGAUAUCAGACGCGUUUUUUUCAAACGAUAAAAUCUUUUCUGCCGCACAAUGUGUUUAGACAAGCUUUGUAUCGCAUCUAGGAAAUAGGCCGAAAUACAAAAUAAAAGAUUUUUAUUUUUUUUCAGAAGUUUCGUCGAUCCCGUAUUUCAGACUAAUGUGGUUUUGUGAAAUUUUUGUUACAGCGUCACGUGUCUUUAUCGCACGUUGGAAGUACGAAUAAAUCUUAAUAUAUUAAGUUUUUAAAACCGGACAAAUGAUAUCGGACACUUUCUUAAUUUUAUAUAUUUACGAUAUCAUUGUGCAGUGACAUACAAGAUUUUACGGGAAAAAGAUAGAACCCUCGGACGGAGUCGUGAUUAAUGAUGUUGUCCUGAAACGGGGAACAAGUGUCAAAAUUUAGAUUAAAUUUUGUAUGUACCGAAUUAUAAUAAGAACGAUGAAUCCGAAUUAACUUUUAACAAGGUGUGAACCCCGACUGACUGGAUUAUUAAAACAAUUCUACUUUCUUUUCUUCUUAUAUCGUGUCUUUUCUUCUUUUAAUGACUAAAGUAAUUAAUAAUUUGGCUGUGGAUACAACAGAAUAACAGCAUCUUCAUCAAGCGGUGUAAUAAAGAACGAUAGGUACAGAAAUUUGCAAGUCGGUUAAAGAAAGAGAAAGGCAAAUUUUUUACCUAUUAUACAUCUAAGUUUCGGUACAUGUAUUUUUAUUAAAACAAUAUAUGUGUAUGUACUGUAUAAGUAUAUAAUAAAAUGUAAUUGUUAUUAGUAUUAGUUACAGUAAUAAUAAAUAAAAAAAGGAAGGGGCCUUAGAACGUGGUAACUUAAACGACAAAGAAUUGCGUGUGAAAUUCUUUGCCUCGUUUAUAUUACUCUGAAAAUAUUUUGUACAUAUUUUUAGAAGUAAGAAGAUACACGAGCAAUGAAAUAGAGAAUGUAAUAAAACACAGGUUUGUACAGAUAUUUCACCGUUCUCACGCAUAUAAAGAAGACAUAGUACAAACGUAAA